GGUCAACUAUCGGUCACAUUUUGCAUUUUGUGCAAUUUUUUUUUUUUUUUUUACCUUGCGCAAUACCAGAAAAAUUCAGUUGAAAUCCAGCCAUUUGAGGCGAAUUCGUCCACCUCUGAAAAAACUUGGCAUUUGGAUUUCCCAGGAAACACUGAUUUUCGUGACGUCGCGUGCGGGACGCCUCCCUCUGAAUCCUACGUCAGUGCUGGUUUGUUUAUGAGAAACUGCAAAUUUCUUCAACGUUACCACGUAAUUAUUAAAAUGGUUAACAGAUGUAUCGUAGGAGGGUGUAGCAACACCAAUCUUGAUGGGAUUAGUACUCAUCGUUUUCCAAAAGACCGGACAAUGAGAGGGAAAUGGGAGCGCUUCGUGCGAGGCACCCGGGAGCCAAGUACCAAAGCAGAGCUGAGAAAAAGACCAAGAAAAUCGGCAAUUCACAAGUCGACUGUUGCCAGGCCAGCAAGAUGAUGGAUGCAAUGUCAGUAGUAGUCCAGCUGAGGGAUCUGGCGUCUGAGCCUCAGAAUCGGGAGGCUAUAGCGAACGAUGCGGGGUGUUUACCUGGUCUUGUGUUGUUCCUAGACCACAAAGAUCCUCAAGUAAUGUUUGCUGCUCUGCAGACCCUGAGGUACCUGGCAGAAUCUCCUCAAAACAUCAAUUCCAUUAAGAAUGAACUCGGCAUGAUGGUGACCCUGGAGAUGCUGAUGGGAAAGAGUGAACUGAGUACUGACAUCACAGACCUUGCUAAAGAGUUAUAUGAAAUAUUGAGUGCUCCAGUGAGGAUGGAAACUCCCAGAACUCCCGUGCAACCAAUGAGAAGAAAUAAACCUCAAUUCUUCAUCAACAGUUCCAAUAAAAAGGCCAAAACGGUCACGCUGCACAUCCAGGGUUUGGACGGGACGGAUCAGCGAGGUGUUUGUGAAGACGCUCUUUUAAAGGUGAAAGGAGUCAUCAGCUUCACUUUCCAGAUGGCUAUGAAGAGAUGCACAGUGCGUGUGCGUGCAGACCUGCCCACCGAGAGUCUGGCGUCGGCCAUUGCUGCCACGAAAGUGCUUUCAGCUGAGCAGGUGGUGAAGAAUGAGAGUGGAGAGGAGGUUUUCAUCCCUCUCAGCACUACAGACACGCACAUAGAGGAGAAUCACCACCUGCCAGAUUAUCUACCAGAAGACGAGAGUCCCGAGAAGACGACCGAUCGCGCCGUGUCCCGCAAUGCUGCCAAACAGGAUGCCAGUGGAAGCUGGCUGAGCUCAGCCGCCAGUUUUCUUACUAAAACUUUCUACUGGUGAAGUUUUUGGCUUUCGGUAAAUAACUGUUCCACACAAGGACCACAGAGAAAGAAAAGGACUUCUAUAAUGCAGUUUACUAAGGGAACAAGAUCUCACAUCAUCUCGCCCACCUCCAUGAAAAUGCAGAGUGGUGUGAUAAUAUCCAGUGUAGAUACAAACACAGUUUGAUGUCUGGAUAUAUUUUUCCACACUUUUUUUUAUACAAUUUUUCUGAAAUGAUUGUCUGUUGUGCCCCUAUUUGUGUUUGUAUGUUAUUUCUGUUUGACUGUUACCUUGAUCUGUUGUGUAAAUACAUGCCUAUGGACUUA